ACCAAGACUGCACGAAGACUGUUAGUUACGUGAGAUGCUCGUUGGGUAUGCAGUCGAUGCUUGACUCCUUGAGGUUUUCUCUCUCAUCUUUUAGGAUUUAGUAUACUGGUGCCUGAAUGCAACAAUAGAGAGUGGUUUGCUGCCUGGAAAACCCAUCCAACGUUUGCGAUUGUAGGUCACUAUUAUAAGGGCCAUUGAGAAUAGAGAGUAGGAUUUUUUCCGCCUUUAUUAAAUGGGAGGCGCUAAUCGGUGGAAUGAAAGGGGCUUCUGCUUGUAAAUUUCAUCCAGAACUACAUGACAUGCACAUGUAGAUGAACAUACACAUUUAACCACCAAAAAGUAAUGGAGCUACAUGUAUGACAGAUACGUGUACAAAAUGGUGAAAUACUGAAAUUUGCAAAUAGCUUGAAGGCAGAGGAACCAUUCAAUACUUAAGAAUUAAUCAUCAAGCAUCUAAAAAUCAAUAAAUACUGUGUCUUGCAGUGGAGCUGUUUCGAUAUAUGCAAUUAUAAACUAGCAUUGCAAAUGGAAGGAAGUGGUGAGUGAGGAUAUGAUGAAAGUUGAUAUUGCUGUUCUGCUGAAAGUUCUCUAGCUUUGUGGUGGACUGGUAGUGUCCAGAAGGCGUUGAAAUUCUUUUACCUGCUGGGGAAAGUAUCAUCGUAAUAAAGAUGCUUUUGCAGAGAUGAUAUUGGAAUAGUGGACUUGGACUAGUCCUCUGCAAGAUUAUUCUGGGCUACAAGUGAGGAGGAGAUACAGAUACAUCUUGUACUAACGGUUAGAGAUUGAUCGGAAUAAUGCGAAACCAAAGCAGAACUCGCAGAUCAUGGUUCGCGUCACCACCAAUCCUAUCAAGACGCUUUGGAAUCAUUGUAUUCCUUACCAUGAUUAUGUGGACGUAUACCUUGUUCACAUUUGCCCUGUACCGCACGGAGCCGGAUGUUCCAGAGAGUGUUAAACUCAAGGAGCAAAUAUUGGAACUGAGCAAGCAGUAUGUGAAGGCCUUGUCUGAUGAACAAGGGGCCGGGGAGGGCAAAAAUUUGCCAGAAGCAUAUUCAAGUUAUGAUCUCAAAAAAACCAUGGCUGUGCUGCUGGACAGCAUAUUAGAGAGACUGGGUAAAUUAGAGAAGAAAGUCGACCAUGCAAUCAGCAAUGGCACACAGAACCUUCUCCGGAAUAUAUCAUCUGGACUUCAUCAGGAUGGAGUGAGCAUGGAACACAAAGACGGAGAGGGAGGUGGAGGAGAUGGAAUGGAUUCAAAGGAGGCCGUUAACAAAGCAAAAGAACUUGUUGGAGGAGGUGUGGAUUGUUCUCUCACAGAAGCCGAGCUUGGUGGGUUCUCCAGCUGCAAAGCAAAAGUAGCGUGGAUGAGGCAAAUGUGGAAAUCCGAUUCAUGCUAUGCACAGUAUGGAGUAGACGGUACCGAGUGUUCCUUCCGGGUCUAUCUCAGUGAGGUGGAAAACUGGUGCCCCAGAGUAAAAGGCAGAGAUAAUAUUUCUUUGAGUUUAAAUCUGCAGGAAUCUGACAAGUGGGGAUAUGAUGUAGCAGAGGAAAUCCUGGACACGGCUGAGAUCCGGCUAGAAAAACAAGGGCUUUUCAAUCUGAUGCAGGAGCCCUCAAAGUUCCGCUGGAUCAAGACGAGGAUCUCAAGGAUGUGGGAUACGAUGUGGGUGCCCGCUGCAGAGGAGUUCAGGAAGAUCGAUGGAGACAAGACGAGAGUACGCAAGAAGAUCUUGGUUCAUAUUGGAGCGUUGACCAAAGAAUCUGGAUUCAAGAUCGCAGACAAUGCCUUCAACGGUGGUCCACUCGGGGAGCUUGUUCAGUGGAGUGACAUCCUAUCCACUCUCCACAUCCUGGGCCAUGACAUAGAGAUAUCCACUGCAACUACCACACUCGGAAAUCUUUUGAGAAGGAAAGGAUUAACCAACAAGAUGAACUGUCCAGUGAAGGGCAAGAACCUUUAUGAUCUGGUCUACAUUGACAUCGUUGGUAUGAAACAGCUGAAGAAGACUAUUGGUGGACAGUGGCAACAAUUCAGUUGCAUCCUCAGGGUUAUAGACUCUUUUGGAACAGAGCCGGCGUACAAUGUGGAUGUUUACAUCAAAAAGGCUGGUACCAAGUCUAGCUGGGGGAACUGGAACCUGGUCCCAAGGCAGUUCUUCACUAUGUUUCCUCAUACACCAGACAAUUCUUUUAUGGGUUUUGUAGUAGAUCAUCAGAUGGAUACAACCAAAGCAGACAGUUCCACCAAGAGAACAAACCGUGCCCUUGUCUAUGGAAAAAGUGCUAAAUUCUGGACUGAUCCUUGGAUUAGAAGAUACCUGGACAAGAUUCACAAAAAAUUUGAGAUUCAUGGCACAGUGUUCAUGAACCAAACCACUCCCGCCAUGAAGAAUGUGAUACCCGACUAUGUGGUAAACCAUGGCAUCGUAUCUGGUGCAGAGAUACAGAAUUUAUUAAAAGAAACAAAGCUUUUUAUAGGUCUUGGGUUUCCUUACGAGGGUCCCGCUCCACUGGAAGCUGUGGCCAAUGGCUGUGUCUUUCUCAACCCCAAAUUCAAUCCGCCUAAAAAUUACCAAAACACCAAAUUUUUCCAGGGCAAGCCAACAAGUAGAGCGCUGACAUCCCAGCAUCCCUACACAGAAGUUUACAUUGGACAGCCCCAUGUAUGGACAGUCGAUGUGUUGGGCAGCGAGCUGGACGUAGCACUAGACAAGAUAGCCGCAAUGAACACAACAACACCAUACCUUCCCUUUGAAUUCACAUGCCAUGGCAUGUUGGAGAGAGUCAGUAGUUAUCUUCAAAAGCAGGAAUUCUGUACGGGAGAGAAGCAAUGGCCGCCAUUGUCCACCCUCCAGAUCAAAGUGUCAGGGAUAGGACAGUCGUGUAGAGAUAGAUGCAUGGAGGAAGAUCUUAUAUGUGAACCUGGAUUCUUUAAACAAUUGAAUAGCAGGGAGACUGUUGAAAAUGCCACUGCAGUAAAGUGUUCCAGUGCAUAUGCUGUAGAGGAGAUCUAUGCCCCAGCCAUGGAGUCUACACUCUUAUCAACCAAAUGCUACACACAGGCCCACCACCUUCUCUACAGCUGUGCUGGGGGUGGCUCCAACCACAAGCGGGUGUGUCCAUGCAGGGACUACAUCAGGGGGCAGGUGGCGCUCUGCAAAGAGUGCAGAGGAGAGUGAGUCAGAUUAGCCGACGUUCACCUGGGCAGCGUAUCAUCGAACCGUCAUAAGUUUAACACGCGUUUCAAUGGGAUGUCGGUGAACUUGUACUUACAGCAGUUUCAUGAGACCCUGCGCUGUUAAAUACCAAGAGAUGAUGUCAACUCUGGCUGGAGCGUAUGGACAAUCCUUGUAUCACAUCAAAUGGUAAUCAUCUGGUUAAAAAAAGAUGAAGUUGAAAUUUACAAUGGUUGAAACUCUUAUGGAUGACUGAUGCAGUGGACGUAACUGAAAUUGUUCUCAAAGUUUGGCAGAAGAUAGUGAAUCUCCAUCGGACAACAUGAUUCUUUUUGAUGACUCAUAUGGACUUGCUUCAUAUGUUGUGAAGUGAGUCGGGCUAUCUCGGACCCGGGGACAACUUGGGCCGCUGCAAAAAUAGUCAGUUUUUGCAGGUUUAGGGUUAGGUUUAAGGUUAGGUUUAGAGGUAGAGUUAGGUUUAGGGUUAGGUCUAGGGUUAGGGUUAGAGUUAGAGUU